CCUGUAAUAUUGUUUGGGCGGAGGAGUGAACGCGCGUCGCUUGGUCGCCUUCCCCCCUCGACUUUCGGGAAUGGUUAGCGCCAGGAGCGCGCGCGACUUGAAGCCCCGCGCUCGGGUUGUCACUCGCGGCAGCGCGCGCCGGUCUGAGGAGUGCGAUGGAAGCUGGGUGGGCUGAGGUUCGCGCCUUGGAGGCGGAGAUCGCAGAGCUGCAGCGGACCUGCGCGAAGCUGCCGGCACCCUUGGAAAACAUGUCCCGCAACCGAAAAUCAUUUCACGAAUUACUCCAAUCAGAUUCUGAGGAACAGGAAUCUUCCAAAGACCUGAAAAGUCAGCUUGAACAUUUAAAAGGAGAACUUUCAUUUCUAAGUUCGCUUACUGGCUUCAAUGUAGGAAAUUACUCCAAGAAGACAAAGGAUCUAACAAGUGCUGAGAUGAUAGAAAAAGGUAUAAAGAAGGUUAUGCAGAGACACAGAUUAUCAGGAAAUUGCUGCAUGGUUACUUUUCAACUUGAAUUUCAGAUUCUGGAAAUUGAGACUAAGGAGAAUUCAUCUUCUAUAAUUACUGACCUCAACAUAAUAAUGGAGCCUACAGACUAUUCAGAAUUAAGUGAAUUUGUAUCUAGAGUAGAAGAAAGAAGAGAUUUGCUUAUGUUUUUCCGAAGUCUGCAUUUUUUUGUGGAGUGGUAUGAACAUCGUAAGAACACAUUUAAGCAUUUCAAGGACAAGUACCCAAGCACCGUGCACCUCUCAGAGGGGCCCAGCUCACACUGCAUGGAGAUCCGCAGUGCCAGCCAGCCUGGGUUUGAAUUGAUGGUGGUUUGGAGGAUACAAAUAAAUGAAGAAGGAAAGGUUUUGCCAAAGCUGGAUCUCCUUACCAAAGUCCCUCACCAAGCCCUCCAACUGGAUAAGAGGAGAGUCAUAGAAACUGCUCCACUCAACUUCCGUACCCUACUAGGAACGCUGGGAAUUGAAGCUGCUCUAGAGAGCCUGAUAAAUUGCUUUGUAUGAGAAACGGCUAGUUCCCAGAGGGCUAAGAUGCUGUGCUGAGUAAGAUGCAAGCGACUUAGACUGAACAUGAAUACUCAGAAUCUACACCCUAAGAUAUGCUGCAUGUCUACAGCCAUGGUACACUAGAUGCAAACUCUGAUA